AACAGUAACUGAAGUCCUUGUUCUCUGUGGAAAAGUGAAACCGGAAGCGCACGUUUAUCGACACUCCGAGAGCCGGAACCGGAGGAGAGCCCGCACGCCGGUCCCUGUCGUCCUCUUUCCGGUCUACAGCGCACGGUCAGCGAUGCACCACCAUCACCUUCGGACGAUGCGUUGCUGAGACGAAGGAAUAUGGAGGACGGUGGAACGGACCCCGAGAACAACAAUAGUAGCCACUGUGGAAUGUUAGGAAUCAGCAUGCCAUGCGAAGGAGCCACCGGUCAUGACUUUGCCACCGUCCGCAAGGAGCUGGAGUACGCCAGCGCGAUCGCCGCGCACUACGGCGAGAAGGGCGAUCGAGUCAUUGGCUACAAGAUAGAGAAUAGACGAAGGAGCGAAAACUGUAGUCGAUCGAACAGUCCGUUUCUCAAUCCGGCCACCGACGGGCUGGACGGCCCUACGUGCGGACGGAGUAGCGGUAGCAGCGGUAGCAGUAGCAACCAUCAGCACCAUCUGCACCAUCACCUCCACAACAACAAUAACAACCACAUCAAGCCAUCGAAUCUGCUGUUGCGGAGCGCCCAGGACAAGAUGUCGCCCCUGUCGAUGUCCUCCGGGCCGGGCUCGUCGAGUGCGACGACCUCGGCGGCGGCAGCGGCCGCCGCCGUUGCAGCAGCGGCCCAGGUGCACCUGAACGGAACUAUGCAAGACAUGCUCAAUCUGCAGAAGCUCCAGAGUUUGGCCCAGCUGACCGGGGCCAGUGUGCUGGCCCCGGGUCUGGGUCUACCGAGCGCUUCGCCACUCCUCGCGAACUCACCACUCAACCUAAGCCUUUCGAGCCAGAGCCACAGUCCGGUGCUGGGGCUCGGGCCAGCCCCGGCACCGCUGGCUCCGGCGGCACCCCAGAUGCCCCAGUUGCUGCUGGCCUCGGGGCAGAUCCUGCAAGGGAUCCAGGGCGCCCAACUACUGAUACCGACCUCUCAGGGGAUUGCGACUCAGACGAUCCUCACGAUACCGGUCGGCCAGCAGGUGAUAUCGGGUAUGAGCAGCGAGGCGUUACUCCAGUCGCUCAACUUCAACAGCAGCCUCAGUGAUUCGUUGAGCUCGCAAGCUGCCCAAGCGGCCGCCGCCGCAGCCGCAGCCAGUGGGGCGGCCCUGUUCGCCACUCCAAGGGACGCCAGCCCCGUCUCCGGACCAGGCUUACUAUCGACGCAACAACUGCUGGGCACGGCCGGUCACUCGCUGCAACAGCAUCAGCAACAACAGCAGCAACACUCUCCCAAAGCCCUUCACUACGCCAAUCACCAUCAUCACCUGCACCACGUGGCGGACGUUGGGAAGCUAAGGCCCGGCACGUCCACUUCCUCCUCGUCCACGGCCGUCAGCGGGUCCUCGUCACCCCUGCACCACCACCACCACCAUUCCUCCGGUGGACCGGGCACCGUGUCCUCGUCCUCGGCCCGGCCCGGAUCCUGCGAUCUCGAGCUGAUAGAGCAACACGUCCGAAGUGCGUCCGGUGGCCCCAGCGAUGAGUUACCGGAGCACCUGGACAAACCGUCGGCGGCGGCCAUCGGUAGUGGUCAGUCCCUGCAGAAACGGCCACACCAUCACCAGCACCACCACCCGCCGCAGCAUCAUGGCGGUGGCGAGACGAGCACCUCACCGCCGAAGCUAAGUCCUGCCGGUUCGGCGCGGCUCGAUUCGACCCACAGCGACGACGACGACGACGAGGAAACGUCGAACCAAGAGUUUCUGGAGGAGCAUCCAAAUGAAUUAACAAUCAAUCAAACUAAUUGCAACGUGGUGGACGGUAUCGAUCUGGACGACAUCAAGGAGUUCGCCAAAGCGUUCAAGUUGCGGCGGCUGUCGCUCGGGCUGACGCAAACGCAAGUCGGGCAGGCCCUGUCCGUGACCGAGGGUCCCGCCUACAGCCAGAGUGCGAUCUGCAGUGCCCUGGCCGCUCAGAUGUAUUGUGCAGCGCAGCUUUCGUCGCAGCAGCAGCAAAUGUUUGAAAAGUUAGACAUUACUCCCAAAAGUGCACAAAAAAUAAAGCCCGUCCUCGAGCGCUGGAUGAAGGAGGCCGAAGAAAGUCACUCGUCCAGGUACAAAACGGGCCAGAACCACGUGCCCGACUUUAUCGGCGUGGAGCCGUCGAAGAAGCGGAAACGAAGGACCUCGUUCACGCCGCAGGCGCUCGAACUGCUCAACGGGCACUUUGAGCGCAACACGCACCCGUCCGGCACCGAAAUCACUGGCCUGGCGCAUCAGCUCGGGUACGAGCGGGAAGUGAUCCGGAUCUGGUUCUGCAACAAGCGGCAAGCGCUCAAGAACACGGUGCGGAUGAUGUCGAAAAGCUUCAAGAUGGAGAACACUUAA